AUGAUAAGAAAGGGAUGGGGUACGGUAAUUAGGGUGUAUAGCACAUCCAAGCCACACCAUCAUAUGCACCAACAAUUUUAUUCAUCACUGACGGAUAAAUUUAUUAGAAGAAACUCUGGAUUUAAUCCUUGGUAUACACUGGAAACUGCAACUUUUGCGAGUGAUAUUGGUGAAAAGGAAGAAACUAAUUCUGCUAUACGAUAUAAUGAGAACAUGAAUCGCAGGCGACCGAGGUUGAAAGAGACCCAGAUGACACGAGUAACUCGUCGUGUGCUCCAAAUGAGCGAUCGUGAAUUGGAAGCAGUGAUCGCAGUAGCGAUGCCUGGCCGAAAAAUUGAAGGUCUGCGAAGAGAUGAACGUCAAGAGAUUUGUAUGAAAUGGUUAUUCGCUAAUGGACUUUCUAUUAAUCAUCAAUUUACUCUCGACAUUGAAGAUGAUGACAUUUAUGUACUAAUGAGCAAUAAAUCCGCUUGUGCAUGUUGCACGAAAGAUACUGACGUGGUGUCCGUGAAACAUUUUGACAGCGGCGCGAUUGGGACGAGUUUGGCGAUCUUCAGCAAACUGGAGGAAGACGGUGUUGUUGAGUUACAGAUUCCUACAAAACGUGAGCCACCGCAAGAUGUCAGUUGUUGGAAAGCUGCGUACAGAGAGUUCGGCCUGUGCUGUUUCUCCUUAUCGUCGUUAUGUUAA